AUCGGAAAAGAAUUUAGAAGGAUUAGUGGGUGACCACAACACGCUACUACAAAAAGCUGAGGGAAGAACUGCAAGACGGAGAGAGAGAGAGAGAGAGAGAGAGAGAGAUAUGGAUAAUGAGGCGGAGAGAAAGAGCAAUAGUACUGGGAAGAAGAAGGUGAUGGUGGCAAUAGAUGAGAGCGAGUGUAGCCGCUGCGCUCUCCAGUGGGCACUGGACAACCUUCGCGAAACCAUUGCCAAUUCCGACCUUCUCAUCUUUACCGUGCAGCCCAUCGUUGACUUCGGUUACGCUUAUGCUUCCACUCUCGGUGCUGCGCCUCCGGAGUUGAUGAGAUCUAUCCAAGAAAAUCACCAGAAGAUUGCAUCAGCUUUGUUAGAGAAGGCUAAGGAGAUGUGCGCUAACCACGGGAUCAUACCUGCAGAAAUGGUGACAGAAGUUGGGGAUCCUAAAGAGGCAAUAUGUGCAACAGUUGAGAAGCUCAAUAUUCAAUUACUUGUAUUGGGCAGCCAUAGUCGUGGAGUUAUUAAAAGGGCUUUUCUGGGAAGCGUCAGCAAUUACUGUGUUCAUAAUGCCAAGUGCCCAGUUCUUGUCGUUAAAAAACCAGUUUAAAAGACUGGGCUGUAAAUCGUUACCCACCUGCUUUGAAAUUGAAAAUUGUAAUUCUCUGUUGAAAUGCUUUCUGGCACAAUAAAAGAGAAUUACGCCUUGUAAAGAAUUAUGCUGUGUUAAUUGAUUUGCACUUGGUUGUUGUAUAGCACAAGCUCUUUCUCCCAAAAUUGAUUUUGGGACAUUGCCGUCUCAUGUUUAGAUCUAAUCAGAUUGAUACAUAUUGUUCUUCAUCU